GGGGGACCUUGGGAUACCGUGCAGUCCUCAUGAUGCCGUCUGCGUGGGUAAUUGGAGGACGAUGCUUGUCUGAUGCGAUCCUGGAUGCUCCCGGGAUGCCUGCCUCUUGCCUCUCACAUUGCUCCUUGGUCUUGCCCUCGUCCUCGAUGACAAUGACUUUGUCCUCUCCUCGUUGCUCUAUUUGGAGUUGCCUUUUGAUUUUGUCUCCGCCCUGUCCGACACUGCUGCCGCCGCCUCAUGGGCUUCCGUUUGACGCGGCCCUCUUCGCGUUGUUCGUGGUCUCUGACGGCUUCGCCCUUGACUGCCCCGCGACGACCACGCUGCCGCCCGUAUCACCGCCUAGAUUCCGGGCGACGUCAAGCGCAGGUUUGUGUUGAUAUAGUGAUUAUGGACUGCUUGGUGGAGCAUGGUGAGUUGGGAUGGAAGGAUGGUGUGGGAUUGCCGGAGGUUCUAGAAAGCGGCCGGGGAGGUGAGUCCGACCUGAGCCUGGGCGGAGGAUGGCGGAUUGGACGCAUCGGUCCCUGCUUGAUGUGGUGGAGGAAUUGCGAGGUCGAUGCCGCGGUGUGGAGUCGGUUGUGCUGGUGUCGAUGUGGGAUGGGAUCAUCUGCAUGUCCCCUUGAUGCUCGAUCGCGUCUCGCGCGAGUCGGGCGUUUCGGAGAAGGCGAGUGGCGUUGCGACGCUCCUUGAACUCGUGCUGGACUUGAUGGAGGCCUUGGUCGUGGUGAGAGCUGCUGUUGAAGUUGUCACUGAAGUCGGAAAUGUGUAAUCGAUUGUGAGCCGAGCUGUGGGCGCUGUCCGAGUGUGCUUGGAGAUUGCCCUUGAGAGUGAAUGAAUGGGCGUCGAUGCGGGAAUGCGGGUCGGUGAUGACGUGCGUAG